AUGUUAACUAGCAUUGGCCCAAUUUUUGGUUUAUUUAUUGGUGGCAGACUUUUACAAGUUUAUGAAGACUUUGAUAGAGUAGAUUUAAGCACGUUAGAUUUUUUUGGAAAUUUUCUAAAAAAAUUCUUCCACCCAUUUUCUAGUGUGCCAAUGAAAAACUCUCGAGAUCCCCGCUGGGUAGGUGCUUGGUGGGUAGGCUUUCUUUGUUGUGCUAUUGCUUCAGGAUUUAUUUCAAUACCUAUAAUGUUAUUUGCCCGGGAAUUGCCUGAGGCAAAGAAACACAGAUUAAAGGAUGUUAAUCAGGUUCAUGCAAACUCUCAAAUGGACGCAAAUGAUCACCUUUUAAAAGAAAAAAAGAAUUUUUCUCAACUUAUGAAAGGAUGUUUGAAUAUCCUUCGGAACCCAACAUUUGUCGCUGUAAUGGCAAUUGGCAACUUUGAAGCAAUCAUUUUAAAUGGGUUUUCUGCCUUUAUGCCUAAAAUAUUAGAAACUAUACUUUCAACAACACCGACUAUUGGGUCUUAUCUUUCGUCUGUUGUUAUAUUUGCUGCAGCAGGUGGUGUAAUGAUUGGGGGAAUGGUUGUUAGGCAAAUGAAUUUACAAGUUGGUGGAAUGUUGAAAAUGAUUUUAAUUUGCCAUCUUGUAGCCCUAGUUUUAAUCACUUGCCUUUUGGUUCAAUGCCCUUCGAGAGAAUUUGUUGGGAUUACACUUGGCUAUGAUAGACAGAAACCAAAGCCAGGAGUUACUCCUUCCUUAAUUGCUCAGUGUAAUUCUCAAUGUCAUUGCACUAAUAAAUGGAACCCUGUUUGCGACAAAAGUACAGGCCUAACAUACUUUUCUGCAUGUUAUGCUGGUUGUGAAUAUAAAGAAGAGAUUCAUUCUUUGGGAACAGUCUGGAGGAAUUGCCAUUGUAUUGCUGAUAUUAACAGACCUCUAAUAACCACAACAACCCCAAGAAAUAUUACUCCCAGCUUUAAUCUAACUGAAAAUCCAUUUUUGGAUUCAAGUCCUUCAAUGGCUAGCGGGUUUUGUACCAAAGAUUGUGGAUGGUCUUUAUAUUUAUUUUUGGUACUCUUAUUCUUUUCUGUUGUGGCUAGUUUUGCGGCUGGUAUUCCUAAUCAACAGAUCAUGCUUCGAGUUAUCCCCUUCCAUCAAAGAACUCUAGGUAUUGCUGUUAAUUGGACAUUCCACAGACUUUUGGGUUUUAUACCUGGUGGUAUACUUUUUGGUUUUAUGAUAGACACUACCUGUCAGAAAUGGCAACACUCAGAUUGUGGAACAAGGCAGUCUUGUUUGGUACAUGAUCAAUACAGACUAGCAUGGACUAUAAUGGCUGUAGCUGUUGUUUGCAAAUUAAUGGCUGUAUUAGCAACGAUUAUUGGUUAUGUUACUUACAGGCCAAAUGACCUCGACAGGCAAAAUAUUUAUCAAUUUUUAUAUUUUAAAUUAAAAUUCUGA